UUUUACCAGUCCUCUUCCCUUACUUCCUCCAUCAGGCACCGCCAGCAUGGAUCCCAACAGGCCUCUCGGCAUCAAGUCCGAGCCGGCUGAGGCUCCCAGUAUGACGACCAUACCUCAAGCCAUACCCCAGGCCGCACCCGCAGCCCAAAGCGGUUUUACAGCUGCGACCAUUGCCGCUAGCGAGAGCAUCACCGUGGCCACUACACCUGCCGGUGCCACUACAUCCACAGCCGCUGCAAAAGCACCCCCGGCCAAGAAGGUCACCGCUACAGCCAGGAAGCCAGCUGCUGCUAAGAAGGCAGCGACUGUCAAGACGCCUGCUGUUCCGAAGACUGCUGCUGCUACUAAGGCUACUGCGAAAGCUACACCCAAAGCUACUCCCAAGACCACUGCCGCGAAAGCUACCCCGACCACCAACACUCAGAACGGAGCGGAAGUAACUCCCACCACCACAACCGGCACCGGCACCGCUCGUCCUCGCGGCCGUCCCAAGAAGAACGCAGACGCAACCGACACGGCUACCACUGCAUCAACUGCAUCAGUUGCAGCCACGGCCGCUGCUGCUAACGAUAACACUAACAUCACAUACACCGCCAAAGCUUCAACCACCUCCCCGCCUCCAGCCGCACCCUCAUCUCCCAUCAUCGUCGCUACCGCUAACCGUCCUGUUACUGCUACUGCUACCGCUAACCGCCCCAGCCCCAGCCGUAGCCCUAGCCCCGGCCCUGGUCCUGCUUCCGCCACUGCUGCUACCCGCCAAACCACCAACACCAGAGGCAGAGGUAGAGGCAGAGGCAGAGGUACAGGUAGAGGUAGAGGCAGAGGUAGAGGCGGUGCUUCUACAUCUAGCGCUUCAUCCUCCACUACUCCCGCCAGAAAACGCACUGCUAGUGCCGCUAGCAUCGCUGAUGCUGAUGCUGAUACUGACCCUGAUCAUGAUGAUGAUGCUGAUUCUGAUGCGUAUGGGCGAGCCAGUAAACAGCGGAAAGUUGCUUCAACCGAGGGGAUCGCGGCGACAUUGAGAGCUUUUGAAGCUUUGCGAGCGGGCUCGGCUUCGACUUCAGGAGCAGGCUCUGGGCCUGGCCCAAAGCAGGUGGUGAGGGCGGCGGCGGCUGCGGGAGGGGCAGGAGGUAAUAAAGGUGCAGCAGGGCCAGGAACAAGUGUCGGCAAGAAAGGGUGGAGUGUGGAUGGGCAGGAGAUUAAUCGGCGGCACAAGGAGAAUGAUUUGCAUCUCCUCGGAACAGGCGAGUUCUCCGACGCUACCAUCCAUUGUCUCAAGAAGAAGUGGAAGGUGCAUAAGAUGAGAUUGAGCACGCGGAGUGCGUGGUUCAGGGAGGCGUUUGCUGGUAGUGAUGGGACAGGCCAAAUCAGCGAGAUCAACCUCCACGAGCAAAACGCGGACGACAUUGAAACCAUGCUGAGGUUCAUGUAUGCUGACUCCCUCGACGACAACCUCACCCGCCCCUCCUCCCUCGCCUCGCCCAUCACCACCUACGUAACCCUCUACAACCUAGGCCACACCUUCCGCAUCCCCCUCCUCUGCCGCGACAGCAUUACCUUACUAGGGCAGUACCUCGACACCAAGCUCCUCCUCCUGUGCACCUACUCGGUCCCCGCCUCGGGCCGCUCCGGCGUAAUCGACCACUCAGACCCCCUCUUAUCCCCCCAAUCCUACGCGAACGACCUCUUCUCCGGCAUCUUUCAGGCUUACUCGGGCGUCUCCGAAAGCACCAAACUACACUCUUUACUUGCAUCCUUCCUCUGGGCCGGCCGCGACCGUCUGUUUCGCCUCCCCGGUCUCCGCCAAGUAGUCGACCAGUGCCCCAUGUUGGGCACCGACGUGUUCAAAGUCCAACUAGGCGACAAUUCCAGUAGUUUCAUGCCGCCGACGACGAUCAAACUUGGCAACGUGCCGGGCGGCGGAGGCGACGUGGAGGAGCUCAAAGCUAAACACUUUGGACCGACGUGUAGUAGACUGGAUCAUACACGGAAGACGCAGCAUCCGGAUCGGUGUGAGGCGUGUGACGAGGUGUUUGAUGAGGAGAGGUGGGCGAAGCGGGUGUAUAAUCCGUUCAAGGUGGUGGUGAGGCCGGCGGCGUGGUGUAGGCGGUGUGUGGAGGGGAAGACGAAUCCGAAUGCGCCGGGGGGUGGGAAGGGUGGGAAGGGGGGCAUCGGGGGACGGUUUGAUUUGGGGGUUGGUGGGCCGGUGGUGGUUGAUGGGGAUGGUGAGGGUGCAGAGGGCGGAGGAAACGGGGAGAGUCACAGAAGGAAGGGGGUGUUGGAGGAUGUGGUUCCUAUGUGGAGGUUGAGGGUUGGUGGGGAUGAGGAGUGA